AUAUUGUUUGCCAAAAUCUAGCAGACGAUAGAGCUAUUCUCGAAACUUCUCUAUUCCGGCAAGGAAGACUACAUUUUAAGUAUAAAAAACCAAAAAUAUGGCAAGCGUUGAAGAACUAAAGCAAGACUGUUUGGAAAUCGAAAAACUCUUAAAUAGUGCAGUUAGACCAAAAGUGAAAGAACUUUUGGCAAAUAAUUUAAAGACGUUACGGCUACAAUGUGUCCAGCUUGAACAAAAACUUUUAAAAGAGACUAAGAAAUCAGACGACGAACCAAAAAAAGCGAAAAAAAGACCCGUAUCGCAAAUAUCCACCUAUGGAUGGGAUCAGUCAGAGAAAUUCAUGAAAAUUUACGUCACCGUUCAGGGAGUACAUACUUUAGAUAAGAACAACGUCUCAUCUCAAUUCACUCCAAAUUCUACUAAGAUGAUUGUUGAAAACUUGAAUGAUAAAGAUUUCUCUCUAUCUAUUGUCAAUUUAAACAAGAAUAUUGACGAAACAGCUUCAUAUCAUAAGAUCAAAACAGAUAUGGUUGUACUGUUUUUGAAAAAGAAGGAGAUUGGUGUUACUUGGCCGUAUGUGACACAAAAAGAUCAAGAGAAAUCUGUCCCUAAGAUGGAUGAAAGUAAGGACCCUGGAGAGAGUAUGAUGUCAAUGUUGCAAAACAUGUAUGAAAGUGGAGAUGAUGAAAUGAAACGAACCAUAGCUAAAGCGUGGAGUGAAUCUAGAGACAAAAAAGCGGAUAUGGAUAUUUAA